CUACAAUCUAUUUUACGAUAUACAUACAUUUGGGGUUCCAUCUUAAUUAUGUGCAUUGGUUGUUUAUCAACUAGUUGAUGAAGUCCAAAGUUCCAAUGAGCCAAAACAUUGCAGCUGCCAAGGAGUUUCAAAAUACCCAUGUACUCAAAUGUAGAAAAUCGUAUCUGGGAGCAUUAAAGCUGUUGGUAUUGGUAUGUGCAAUGGUAUGUUGUGCUCAUGAAUGUUCAACAUUUUUAUUACAAACACACAUCGAAAAAAAGAGGGAACCCUUUGUGUUCCAAGUAAGUGCGAGGCCUCUUCGUAACAAUGCCAUUUAUCGGUCUCAGUUCGCUUACCCGCAUUACCCGAAACCUGAAGGCCUCAACAGGAAUGCUUGUGCUGCAAGGUUUGAAUGUGGUAGGAAUCCUGUACGUUUGUUUGUCAUUGUGUCGAUGCAACGAUCAGGAAGCGGUUGGUUUGAAACUCUAAUGAACAGUCAUGUUAACUUAAGCUCGAAUGGUGAGAUAUUUGGUCAAAAAGACAGGAGGAAAAACGUUUCAAUGAUCAUUAACACUCUCGAUAGAGUUUACAAUAUGGACUUGCUUACCAGGUCGUCCAAGAACGAGUGUUCUGCUGCAAUCGGUUUAAAAUGGAUGCUCAAUCAGGGCUUGAUGGACUAUCCUGAAGAGAUUCUAGAUUACUUCACGAAGAGGGGUGUUUACGUCAUUUUCUUCUUGCGAAGAAAUAUGUUGCGUAGAUUGGUUUCAAUCCUUGCGAAUUCAUUCGAUAAAGAAGCCAAACUUCUAAAUGGCGUUCACGUAUCUCAUGUACACUCACACGAAGAGGCUUUGAAACUGUCAAGAUAUAAGCCGACAAUCAACGUAUCAUCCCUGGAAUCGGAUUUGGGAAAAAUGGAAUUGAUGGCAAGAAAGGCGUUGGAGUACUAUAACCGCACGAGGCACAUCGUAGUCUAUUAUGAAGAUCUCAUGAAGAACCCUUAUAAACUUAUACAAGUACAAGACUUUCUAAAGCUACCGAGAAUGGAAUUAAAAAGUCGUCAAGUAAAGAUACAUAAAGGGCCGUUAUGGGAGCAUAUUGAUAACUGGGAUGAUGUCAACAAGACUCUCAGCGGCACAACGUAUGAGAGAUAUCUUCGAGCAGACUACUGAUUAUUCGUUUAUCGUAUAGAUCUUUGGAUUUUAUCAUGUGGUGGGGGUGUUGGUUAUUGUUUAUUCACCAACUGUACUAUUACUUGGUUACAAUACAAAUAUUUAGUUAUAGCUGAUAUGUAGGUUUUGUAAGAAUCGAAGAUGGCUGGAUUGUCACACCUCAAAGCCUGGCCGUGUGACUUCUUAAUAUCACAUCAGAAAAAGAUAAUUAAUAAAGCAAAUAUCAGAAUGUAAGUCUUAAACUACAGAUACAAAACUAAACAAACAGUUGUAUCUCAACCAAACCAACCAAAUUGUAUAAAUGUAACCAAAAACCAUAUUGUUCAAUAACAUCCUAUGCAAGUCUUCUUUCAA